AAUGUAAUGUGCUUUACAGUGUGUAGUAAAAAAAAUGCAGUCAAAAAGCUUCAGAACUAUGAAUAUAUAAAAUGUUAAAGAAUUAAAUGAUUAAAAAGAUAGGUCAUUAAAAUGUACAUGUAAUACUAAUGUAACAUAAAAGCAUCAUGCCCACAAAAUUAUAGCAAGUCAUCAAAGCUAGAUAAAUCCUCAAGUGAAGAGCUUGAUGUUUCUUUCUAAUUGACAGUUUUGUAUUUUAAUAUUAUAUUUCAAUGUAGUUAUGAUAAUUAAUGUAUAGUAAUAAUAUAAUGUGUAAUCUCUGCUAAAGGCAUCUUCAUGAAAUAACAGGCAUAAUACUGAUUUCUGUGCAAAUGAUUUAAUGUUCUGUAUAAUGUGCAAUUCGAAUGAUUGUCUCAUUUUCAUAAAAUAGUUUGAGCUGUUUUUGAACAUGAUUCUCACAUUAUAACCUGUUUACAAUUUUAACAUAAUUAGAUCUUCUGACUUUCAUUUUAUGGCAGAAAUGUGUUUGUGACCUUUAAAUACAAUGAUGAAGAACAAAUGGGGGGAAAAUAACCAAUACAUCAACAUCAAUAACAAACCUAAACUGGUUCCUCUCAAGGAUUCUUCCUCAUGCCAUCUAAGGGAGUUUUUCCUUGCCACAGUUGCCUCAGGCUUGCUCAGUAAGGAUGAUUUUGUCUAACAUUAAUCUAGGAUAUUUGUACUAUGUUUGUUCUGUAAAGCUGCUUUGAGACAAUAUCCAUUGUUAAAAGCACUAUACAAUAAAAUUGAAUUGAAUUGAAGUAAUCCAGCAAUCUGUGGCUGGCAAUAACUGUCAUGCGCUGUGUGAAAACUAUGCCAGGUAAUGUAUGCUACCCAGUUCCCUAAGAAGAGAAUGAGACAUUGUGUCAUGGUUGAUGUGUUUUGUUUCCAUCUCAGUGAACAUACAUAACCUUGUGGAGUUCCAUUUCGAGGGAAGUUUUAUUCCUGGGAGAUGUCUGUCCCAGAAGUUGUGAAAGGGCACAAAUGAGCUGGGAGCAGAGCACCAUUAGCCCUGUAAGACCCAGGACCAAGGAGUGAGGUCCAGGUCCAAGUUAUAGAACCUGAUAAGGGUGUGUGUAGGGGCCCAUCCUGCUGCAGCACAAAUAUCCAGGAGGGGAUCGCCUCUAGCUAGAGUGCUGGACAAGGCGAUACACUUAGUGGAGGGGGGUAUAAUCCCUAGAGGCAAAGCCAAGCCACACAGCGCACCUCUUAGGCCUAGGAGAUAGCUGCCACUGCACAAGGUUUAGUUUGGGGACUGGAGGGCAGAAGGCCUGCAGUAAGGCCAGCCAACUGGCUUUUGACAGAGCCGUUUCCAAGGACAGAAAUUCCUCAGAGGCUGACUCCAUUAGCUCAAAGGGUGCUUAGUGAAGCCCAUCCAGGUCCACCGAGAUCUUCCAGGAGCGGAUACACUGUCUGCAGAAAAGCCUCAGCCUCAUGGAACCCUGUAGAAUGUGAGAGACCAGAGAACAGGUAUGUGACUCGGUGCAAUGGCUGCCACAUAUACCUCAAUGUAGAGGGUGAUAGGCCCUCAAAGAGGCAUGUAUGUAUGCAUGAACUCUAGCUGCAUACUAACAGAGCAGUGAACUAGAUCUUGAUGAUGGAGAAAGUUGAAGGGGACAUUGGAUUGACAUCUCAGAAGUGAACAAAGCUGCUUCUGCAUGGACAAAAAUUGGCAUAUCCAUUCCACCAUCUGGGGUGGGGAUGCCAUUCCCUGGGCCACAGCCCCUGCCUCAGCAGGAAGCCUGCUUACCGAUUAUGCACUCUGGAGUGCAAUUGCUCUCAGCAAGAAAAUAUGGUCUCUACCUAGAGCCAGAUCUGCUGCACUAACAUGAACAUAGGUUGCAAACACAGACCGCACUAAUGAUUGAUGAAGGGGAAAACCAAAGGUAGCCCUUGAGUUUCAGGAGGAAGUGUUUCGACACUAGAAACACAGCCCCAUCUGUGUGCCUUUAGAGACAGAAGCUUUCCCAGAUAGCAUGGGCAUGGUGGCCAUCUAGGACCACUCCCUAACCCAAGAGAGGGUAGUCUGUAGUUAAUGACACGUCUCAGAGUUGGACCCAAGGUGAGAAACUGGGGUCUGUCCACAUAAAAAUACCAAGCUCAUGACACACAACCCUUGUGACCAUUUAAUUGAUACUGCUCCUGAGCCCUGAGUUGAAAUGGUCUAAUGUGUAGCAGAUCCAAAGGAAUUGUUUUUGCUGCUACAGUCAUAAGCCGAGCACUCUCUGUCUGGGUGGCAGAGAAGCUUUGGCUUAGCCAGAUGUCUUUUACACCACAAAGUAUGGAAUCCCCCCAAGCAAGAGACAGAUGUGCUUGCACUGGUGCUGAAUCCCAAACUAUCCCUAAGAAGGGGAUUCUAAGAGAGGGAGAUGUUUACAUGGAUGCCCCUGUGACAGCUGCGAGUCCUGGACCCGCACACAACACAAAUGAUGGCGUCACUUGCUUUGGUGGUAGGGUGUAAGUGAUGUUUAUUUACAGUGCUCCAAAAGGUGGAAAAGUCCCCAAUACACAGCUAUACAAUAUUACCAAAAAAAAAAAAAAACUUCAAGAAGAAGAAGGGGAAAAAAAAAGAAAAAACAAAAAGAAGACUUUUGUUAUAGAUACUGUUCGGCUCACGGCACCACAACUACACGCUCGCUCACCCAUUCAAAAACACAUCCAACAUCUCUGGUUGGGCGGUCAGCUUUAAAGUCCAAGCCCCUCUCCUUAACUCAACCAUUACCCCAUCGGCAGGUAAGUCAUUAUAUACACUUUCAUAUACUUUUUAUUUAUACACAUAACAAUAACAAUCACAGCAAUAAUAAUAACAAUGACAAUAAUAAUAAUAAUAAUAAUAUACAGUGAACACACUCAUGUUUUAACAUUACACCCCCCCCCCUCUUUAGGGCACUUGAUGGACUCGUUGGCUUCUGGUUGCUUUGUGCAGGCGCAACACGGAUGUGGCACUUUUUAUCCAGGCCGCGGUAUAGCUCUCUGUUUUGCCACCUGGCGCUGGCGACCCGGAAGACCGACCACCAGUGUAGCUAGCCGGACUAGCACAAGAAGCUAAGUGAAUUUUGAAAAUAAAAAUUAAAUAAACAAAUAAAUAGACUGCCAAAGAGUGUCUAUGGGUGUUUUUUCAUUGAAAUGUAUAAUACUGUCAGGGAAGGUAAAUGAUGUGUGCGUGAAUGCAUGUGUGAUAACCGAUAUGCUAAUGUUGUGUGUGUGUGUACCCACAUCACCACAGCGGUGAGCGGCAGAGGAAAAAGUGGAAAAUGGGAUGUAUGUUUAUGUAUUCCAAUGCUGCGCUACUUGCAGGGACAGGUCUCUGUCACAGCCCCAGAGUGCCAUGUUGCCAGAGUAACGUCCAUGAGGCUCCAGGGUGAGCAAUAGGACUAGACCUAAAGGGAGAACCGGCAUUGGUACUCUUUGCCCAGAAAGCCAACCAGGGGAGUUUCCUGUAUAAAGAUAGGCACCCUUCAGGACUAUCGUUGCAAAAUAUCUUCCUCUAUACAAUUCAAACCACACAGGUCUAAAAUUGAUCAUAGCCACCAUUCUUGUUUUGAACCCAGAAAUGCUGGCUGUAAAGCCAGAGGCUCGACCUGGUAGGGGCUCUACAGAUCCUUUCUCAGAUGCAUGAGAAGUUCAUCCUAGAUGAAUGAGGUUUGGUUUGUGCCAACAACAGUAGGCAAAACACCCUGAAAGAAGGAGGACGGGAGGCAAACUGAAUUUUGUAGCCUUUUCCCACAGAAGCCACUGCAACACAGCUGGCAGAAGCUUCCAUUCUGCCAGGUGAUCUGAUGGAGGUGUUAGCCUCUUGCUGUUCUCACCUCACCUAGUGCCCUGAAACAGCAAGCUGGCAGGGGCUAACCAAGGAGGUGGUGACAAAUAAGAGCAGGAGCAUGGGUGGUCAUGGCUGAACCCCGAAUCACCAGAGGUGGUGGGGUAGCCAGCAGUGGAGAUGGACCUAAAGGGGCAUCCCUAAAAAAAAAAACCCUAGCCCUCAGGCAUAAGGAUUCCUUUCUGGCCCAUGUGACAGAACCUGGGGGCCUGGGGGACCUGCCCUAAGCGCUGGCCAGCCCCAUAGAUUUUAUACAGGGGGGCUCGGCUCCAAUACGAGCCUUUUUUUGCAGCAGGCCAGGCUGGGGCCAGUGGCUACUGGUUGAUAGCCCUAGCUCCUUGCUGUGACAAGGGAAGAACAGGCUCUUGAGACAUCAGGGCAUCUAAAAGAAAGGUUUUGUCCCUUUCAUUUAUCUCUGUCAGAUUGCCUCUCUGUGGCAACCAAACACAGUGCUGCUUUGUGUCACAGAGGGCUAAAUCUGUGACUUGGAGGAGUUUAGACCUCAUUGAUGAGCCCCUCACCACAGCUCGUUUAGCAGGUCAGCUUGGUAUGCCUGCAAAACUGCCAUUAAGUGUAUAGGUUGCUCACAAGUGUCUCUUCAACCUCAGGCUUUGUGCAUACCCAAGUCCCACAAAAGCUGAAUAGUCUGCAAUGGCUGAGGAGAACAAACUUGCAGCUUGUUCCUUAUUGCUCACAUUGAGCUCUUUAGAGUCUGAUGCAGACAGCAUUAUAUCCUUAACAAGGUCGGGAGAAAUGGCAAAAUGAGUGCCCAGGGCUGUGAAACCAUAACAGAACCUGGCACACUGCCUCGACAGAUACAUUACUCAUGCCACGCAACACAAGCGCUCGGCUGAAAAUACAGGCAAGAGAAUGUGGAAUGAUCUUAGCAACACUUGACAACACAAACGCAACUGUUUUUUCUCAAAAAUUCAGUGGCCUACCGCUCAUCAUUGCCAACAUUAAGCUUCUCAGAGACUGAUGAAGACAUUACUAAUUCCUCAUUUUGGUCAGGAGAAAUUGCAAAACGAGCUCCCAAAGCCAAAGUAAGGAAAUCCGAGUUGGGAGAGAGGACAAUAGAAAUUGGAUCACCCGUCUCAAGCUGAGAGAUCCAUGGACUGAGCCACGAGGCAGAGAGCAUAGAUUAUGCAGAGGAGUUGUGUGUGCAUGCUCCUCUACCAAACAGCACUGGAAAAUUCAUACCUCUUAAUGUAGCAGGGCACAGAUGCGUGAACUUGCUCGCCAUCGUGUCUAAUCAUUUAUUUAUAUAUAGUCUGUGUGUGUGUAUAUAUACACACAAUAUUACACUUUAUCAUUACAGCUGGCCACUGGUGUUCAAAUCACACUCUACACUAAAUAAUAUUUAAUAUAAAUAAAUUUUUAUUCAUCCCUAUGGCAGUUUUCACAGCAUAGGCACUAAGAGUUGAUAUUUAGUUUGUUACGCACAAAUUUGCAUGACAAGAAAUUUAAUUCUUCAAUACCCACUGGACAUUUUGUUUCAACAACACAUGACAUCAUGUGUAUCUUGGUGCCACUCGGGGGGCAUCUGCAUUUUCUAAAUUAUAAAAGUACCAGAGCUGUUUGAGCGAUGGGUCAUUUGAUUGUGAUGUUAGACUGGAUGUUUGUAAUGGUAGCGUGUCAUUUUCUUAUGAUCAUUUUCUUUAAUCUCUGUAGCCAUUAGAGAAAUGCUGAACUAAUGAACCUGACAAAUUUUAAACAGUCUGAUCGCUGUGAGCAUUUCUCCUGUCCAGAGAGAUCUGUAUCUCCUGCAGUUUAUAUCUUACUGUACGUGUGUUCAGCUGCUGUGGUUCUGCUAACAGUGUGUGGAAAUCUGCUGGUCAUCAUCUCUGUUCUUCACUUCAAGCAGCUUCACACACCAACCAACAUGCUGGUGCUCUCUCUGGCUGUGUCGGAUUUCCUAAUUGGCAUUUUUGUGAUUUCACCAGUGUUCAUUUGGUUAAUCGAGUCUUGCUGGAUAUUUGGGACAGAUUUCUGCAUCAGUUAUUUGAUGGUUGGUGGUCUCCUCAUGAACAUGUCCAUCUAUAAUAUCGCUCUGAUUGCUGCGGAUCGGUAUGUGGCUCUCUCAAAACCAUUUCUCUAUACAAACAAAAUCUCUAGAAGGACUAUGUGCAUUGUGGUUUAUUGUAACUGGUGUACGAGUCUGGCAUAUAACACAACACUCUAUUAUUUCAGUGGAAUCCUCACAGGUUUUGUAAUGUGUCCUGGAGAGUGUUUGUUGAUUCUGAAUGAGGUUUGGUCUGUAAUUGAUCUCAUAUAUUCAUUUAUAUUUCCACUUUCUGUUAUAAUCAUACUGUAUACUCGAGUUUUUGUGAUUGCCAAGAAACAUGCCACUGCUAUCAGAGAGCUUAAUAAUCACACACGGCCUAAAACACAGAAAAUCACCUCACACUCCAUGAAAUCUGAGAGAAAAGCAGCUAAAGUCCUCGGCAUUUUAGUGUCUGUGUUUCUGGUGUGUUUACUUCCAUAUUUUAUUUACAGCUUAUUAGGUUAUGUUAUUGAACAAAAUGUAGAAACAUUUCUGAAAAUUCUGAUAGUAGUUUGUAUUAAUUCUACCAUUAAUCCAGUUAUUUAUGCCCUGUUUUACCCUUGGUUUAGGAGGUGCAUUAUUUUAAUCAUAACUCUGCAAAUAUUCCAGACAGACUCUACAUUUAUCAAUGUGCUUACAUGAGUAGCCUUUUUACUCCAUUGUAGAAAGUCUGUGUGUGUGUGUGUGUGUGUGUGUGUGUGUGUGUGUGUGUGUAUAUAUGUAAUUAUAUCCUUAUACUUAUACAUUGUCCUCCUUUUGCAGCCAAUACAGCAUCAAUGUUUCCUGAAUUACCCUUACAAAAUAUACCAAAUGGCUAAAUAAUUUUUAGAUCUGGUGACUGUGCAGGCCAUGGGAUAUGUUCAACUUUACAAAGUCACAACUUAAGUGUUCAUCAAACCACUCUGUCACCAGACUUGCUGUGUGCAUCAGUGCAUUAUUAUCCUGAUAUAUGACAUAUCUUUCAGGAUGCAAUCAACAAACCUCUAGAAUGGUACAAUAGUCCUUAGCAGUGACGUGCCCAAAUAUUGGCCUAGUCAAUGCCAUGAUAUUUCAGUCCAAAUUAUCACUGAUCUAACCAUGCUUUUCUCUGGGUAUCUCCAGAGUGUACCUCUCUCAGAUGUGGGAAAGACAGUGAAUGUGGCCUCAUCAGAGAACAUCACAUGUUUCACAUUGUAUUGUACUGAUCAUAAUGUGAUAAUUAUAUUGUAACUUAACUCCACCAUUAAUCAUUUUUUUACUGCUCUGUUUUACCUGUGGUUUAAGAGGUGCAUUUAGUCAACCAGAGUCCAACCAGACGUUGUAUUAAAUCAUUCCAAUCAAAUUCCAAUCAUUAAUAUAACACAAUAUAAAUGCAAUAUUAUUUUGCUAUUAUAUAUAAUACAAUAAAUAUUAUAGUGUGGCUUUUUAUAUAUUUUGAAUAUAUCUUGGCUCGCUCUGUCCUGGGCUGAUUGUGGCCCUUAGCUGACUGUGGGAUACCAUUUGUUUAUGACCACAUCUUAUCACCAUGAUAUAUUCUUGAAAUUCUUUCAACUUUUAUUCACAGACAGUCCAUGACAGUUUCUUCUUUUGUGAGUUAGAUAACCAUUUGUGUAAUAAACUCACCAAACUGUCAGUAAAAUAUGUCAACCACCACACCUGAUUCUGCUGACAUCUUUUGUUUACCUAUAUAUAACACUGAAUAUUACACCUUUCUUCUGUAUAAA